UUAAUAAUUAAUAAUGACGCUAGAAAUGGUGUGUAAUUUUCGUAAGUGUAGAAAACCUUUGACAAAUCAUGCCUGGGUAACGACAUGCUCACAUGCAUUCUGCAUAGAGCACGGUCAAAAAGAGUUUAAACGUAAUGUUGAGAAUUCAUUAACGUGCCCUGCAUGCGGAAGUGAAUUGCGAGAUAAAUUCGACGUGAUUCAAGCAGAUCUUAAGCCCAGUGAAACUUUUAAAUCUAUAGUUUUAGCGGGCAUGAAACCCGAUACGAUUAUGGACGUGACAAUGAGGGCAAUGUCUUUUUGGUCCUACCAAAUUGAACAGGAAACUCUUUAUCAAGAAAGCUUAGCGAGGCAUUGUAAGGAAAAAUUACAAUGUUUGGAAGAGGUUAAUACACUUAACCUACAAAAGUUGAAUGCGGAAUUGGAAACGUGCAAACGUAAAAUAGUCGCUUUACAAACGGAAUGUAACAAAAAGAAGAAACAAGCCGAGGAAUUGACUGCAUGCUUGGAAAUCAACAAUAGGAAAAUUCAAAAACUUCAGUUUCAGCUUGACGCUUUAAAAAGAAAAGAUAUUCAUGUGGCAAAUUAUGAAAUGACUACUAACAAUGAAAAACUAAUGGAGAUAUCAGAUCUGGUAGGUAAAAGAACAAAAUCUGAGGCUUUUGUAUUUAGACCAAUAAAUGAAGUUGAUAAAUCGCAAAGCAUUUCAUCGCCGUCAACAUCCAUGUUUGAUUUCCGCAACAGAAACAAGCAACCGGAUAAAAAUAAAUCAUUCAAAUUCCGACCGGUGCGAUCUUAGUAUUAAGCAAAAUAUAUUUUUUUAGAUUAUAAGCG